CCUCUCAGCUCAGAGAGAGCCAUGAGAGCCCACAAGAGCAACUGUUAGAGCAGAGAUAGACAGGAAAACACAUAGAACUCCCUUUAUAAGAAAUAUCACAACAAAAGUAAAAAGUCAUUUCAAAACAACAUCCUUCCAAUAGGGUGGAAACCUGAUUGGAUACGUUAUUUAAUAUAUAGAUUUUUUUUAAAUCAACAUUAAUUUGUUGAUUCAUUUUUGAUAAAUCUUAGGGAAUGAGUAAGAGGGACAAGUUUGUUUUUUUCUAAAAAGACAAGUGGAUCUUUACUCAUCUCUGAAAACAAAACAGAGCUAAAACAACAACUGGACACGGAGCAGAAAACGGCAUCUUCCUCGGCAUCAGCAGAAGUGUGCAGCUCUUCCUGAGCUGGGCUAAGUGUUUGCUUCCACCUGCGAGGCACCGCUCUGCAAGCGUGCACCCAGCCUCCCUGCACUCUUCACCAGCCACCAGUGCAGCCUCAGCCCUGCAGCUCCAGCACCAGCAGAGGAUGGCUGCAGCCAAGACCGAGAUGAUACUCCCUGCUCUGCAGAUCUCGGAGCCCCUGAGCUUCCCUCACUCCCCCAUGGAUAACUAUCCCAAGCUGGAGGAGGUGAUGAUGCUGAGCUCUACAGGGACCCCCUUCCUCACCGCCUCCGCACCAGAAGGUGCAGGCUUUGGCUCUGGGGAGCCAGGAGAACAAUACGACCACCUUGCUGGAGAUACGUUACCUGAUAUUCCCUUCAACUGUGAGAAGCCAGAGCAGACCUACCCCACCCAGAGGCUGCCCCCCAUUUCUUACACAGGCCGCUUCACCCUGGAGCCCGCCACCAACUGCAGCAAUAGCCUCUGGGCAGAGCCCAUUUUGGGCCUCUUCACUGGUCUGAUGGGCAACAUUGCCCCCAGUUCCAGCACCUCCUCUUCUGCCUCACAGACCACCUCUUCCUCAUCUUCAUCUGCCCCGUCCUCCUCCAGUUCCUCCUCUUCUACCUCCUCCUCAUCUCAGAGCUCAAGUCUCAGUUCCUCCAUCCACCACAGCGAGCCCAAUCCCAUCUACUCAGCUGCUCCAACUUACUCGAGCCCCAACUCUGACAUCUUCCCAGACCAAGGUCAGUCUUUUCCCAGCUCAGCCGGAGCAGUGCAGUACCCUCCUCCAGCCUACCCCAAUGGCAAGACCUGCGGCACUAGCUUCCCCGUGCCCAUGAUACCUGACUACCUCUUCCCUCAGCAGCAGGGAGAGAUCAGCCUGGUGCCCCCUGACCAAAAGCCCUUCCAGAGUCAGUCGAGCCAGCCCUCCCUAACUCCUCUGUCCACCAUCAAGGCCUUUGCCACACAGACUGGCUCCCAGGACUUAAAGAGUGUCUACCAAUCCCAGCUGAUAAAGCCCAGCCGAAUGCGCAAGUAUCCCACCCGGCCUAGCAAGACACCUCCUCACGAGAGGCCCUACGCUUGCCCUGUGGAGACCUGUGACCGUCGCUUCUCUCGCUCUGAUGAGCUGACUCGUCACAUUCGCAUUCACACAGGCCAGAAACCCUUCCAGUGCCGCAUCUGCAUGCGCAACUUCAGCCGCAGCGACCACCUGACGACACAUAUCCGCACUCACACUGGGGAGAAACCCUUCGCUUGCGAGAUCUGCGGACGCAAGUUUGCCCGCAGUGAUGAGAGGAAGAGACACACAAAGAUCCACCUACGGCAGAAGGACAAGAAGGCAGAGAAGGCAGGAGCAGUGGCAGUAACAGCAGCUCCUGCAUCAGCUGCUUCACCUGCCUCCAGCUACCCUUCACCCAUCACCUCCUACCCCUCUCCAGUGUCUUCUUACCCCUCUCCUGUCACCUCCUGCUACUCCUCUCCCGUCCACACUUCCUAUCCGUCUCCUUCCGUAGCCACCACGUACCCAUCGGUGUCCAUGUCCAGCACCUUUCAGUCACAGGUCGCCUCCUCCUUCCCCUCCUCAGUUGCCUCCAACAUCUACAGCUCUCCCAUCCCCACCCCGCUAUCAGAUAUGCAGACCACUCUCUCCCCAAGGACAAUCGAGAUCUGCUAAGAAAGAGCAAAGAGAAAAAAACUUUUUUAGUCUCUCUACACCUCUCCUUCCUUAAGGUUCUUUGAGGGGAAAGAAAUCAGCAUCAAAAGACUUUGUUUUCCCCUCCAAAAAGCACUUUUGUGUCUGCUCCCUGUGCAGUGUUAGGUGAAUCUUGAGAUUUACCUGAAAGAGAGGAAAAAGACACAUGUCAAGGACUGGGCAAAGACAAUAGAAGAUGAAAAGGGUUUUUUUCUGUCUCUGUAAAACAAAUGCAGCACUUCAAAUGCAUAAGGGACUCAAGAGAGAGUAGAAACCGACACUGACGAUCUCUUCUAUUAGGUACACACAAACCAAGAGACAAACAGAUUGCCAGCGGCUGUGGUGCUAAGGCAUGUUCGCCCUCGCACUCACUCAUACAGUACAAAAGACAUUGAAUGAUAUACAUAAGCUACCAUAUAUGUAUAUUGUACAUGUGCCAUGUUUCGUUUCUAUCAUUCUUUGGUACCAUUGAUGUGAAAAAUUAUUUGCAUAUUUGCAUUGUAUUAUUUGAAGUGAGCAGGGCCAUAUUUUCUACAUACUUUCUCUAUUAUGUAGUGAUGAUGCUGUGAUAUGUUUUGACAUUGUUUGGAAAAAAAAAGCACUUAAGUAUUCAAGCAUGAGUAAGAGUGAUGUUAGUUUCUGUUUGUAAAUAUCAUCCACUGGUACUAUCUCUUUCUCUCUUUCUCACAUGUGACAUAUCGCUUGGUUAUAUGGAAAAAUAGAGAAGAAAAAAAAAACAUUUUAAAAAACUAACUAAACAAGACACUCCCGUUAUUUGGUGCCUUUUGUGAAGCCUUGCUGAUGUUGUGACUUGGCUGCGUGCGCGAGAGAGGAUGCACUGCAUCUCGCCUUAAGGGUGGAGGGAAUAUUUUUGUUACAGAAUGUAAGUCAUACUCAGAGGGAGGAAAAAGGGACGAACUAAGAGGGCACCGCUUCAUUUCAUUAGAAUGUAAGCAAAAAAGAAGAAAAAUUAUAAAGUAUAUUUUUGUAAAACUUAAGUGUAAAUAUCCACAUCUUCAAGAGCUGGAAUGUUGAAGUUACCUACUGAGUAGGCAUGGGAUUCUUUUGUAUGUUAUAUACAUGCAGUUCAUUAUUUUGUGGUUAUCUUUAUUUUGUAUUUGUGUUUGUUAAAACAAGUGACUGUUUCUGGCUUCUAAACACAUUGAAUGCGCUUAACUGCCAAUGGGAUAUUUGGUGUACAAGAUAUCCUCCCAGAAAUUAAAUAUAAAUAAAAAUAUGAAUAUAUGUA